AUGGACCCAAAAGCAGUUAUAAACCAGUUCAAUCUUAAUAGUACUGACAGUUACGGGUUUUACGAACACUCUAGCUUUAUUCCGGACAGAGAAUGGGAAGCAGAAGAAAAUUUGCGACUCCAAAAUUUUCAAAAAGUUCCCACAUAUAUUCCAAAGUUCAACGAUAAGAUCAAGAAACUAAUUAGAUACGGGGUUCCAUUGAAUUAUAGGCGAAAUUUCUGGUUCCAAGCUUCCGGCGCUUUCGAUUAUUACAAAACUUCCAAAGUGAAGUUCAACUGGGAGAAAAUCAUGACUAGAGCAAUGUCACAACCAAUGACCAAUGCAUCAAAUUUUGGAUCGUCCGUAGAUAUUUUGAACUUUUUACCUGAAUCGAACGUAAAACAACUCAAAAUUUUCCUUCACAUUGUUUGGGUAUCAAAUCCACAAAUCAUAUUUGCUCCUCUCAUACCGACAGUUGCAGCAUUGCUCCUUAUGUACUUAGAACCUCCACUUGCUUAUCUUACGAUCAAAGCAAUGAUAGAUAGAUCAGCUGGCAACGGAAAUUGGUACUUCACAGUCGACCAAAAAUGCUUUUACGCGUCAGCAGAAUCAAUUUCAGAUCAGUUAAAGAGAUUUUGCUCAGACAUCGACAAACAUGCGACACAAAUCGGAGCUUCCAUUACAAAACUCGUCAUGUCAUUGUUUCCUACUUUCUUCUUACCAUUUUCGACAUUACCUGCCGCAUUAACUUUCUUUGAUUCAUUUGUUCUUGAAGGAAGGAAAGUUUUGCUUCGCUUUUGCAUAGGAUUGUUUUCUACAAACAGGCAGCAGCUCUGCAAGUCCAAAACUCCAGAUGAAUUUUAUGAAAUCGUUGUCAACUCGAUUCGCGAGCUAAAUACCCCUGCAAAGAUCAAAUCCUUGAUCAAAGAAUCAUUUGUCUUGUUUAUCAGCCGCGAAAGGCACAUUAUUCCCUCAGAAACUGCGAUUACUUCAGAUGAGAAGCCAAUUGAAGAAUUAAACUACUUCAAUGCCUACAAAUCGUAUCCAGACUUCCUUGACAAGUCGCCUGCCUACAACUCCGGCGGAAUUAAGAGUUGGAGAUCAUCAAUGGGAAUAGAACUGAUGUCUUCCCUUUCUCCAGCGAAACUUGGCAAAGCUGAAGAAGAUCUCGACGUAAUGAGCAUACUUGCGAAGCAUACUCCUGAAGUUUUGGGAGGAAAUUUGCUCGCGAACUCAUUAUACUACAGAUUAAGAGAGUAUUUGCCUCCAUCAUGCAGAUGCUAUUCCCCGCAGUUGGUAUACAAGCUCUCUUCCGAUGGAACAAUGUUCCAAACCCUUUAUUCAAAGGCGGAAAAGAAAAAACCACAUCUUCUUAUCGUAAAAACCGACAAAAGUUUAGUCGGAGCUUUCUUUGACGACCAUCCUCAUCCUGGAUACAAAGGGAGUACCACGAACAUUGUUUUUUCAUGCGACAACUACCAGUUUUAUAGAACAGCCAGACCUUCCAACGGAUUAUACUGUUCCUGCACGACAAGCACAAUAAUGGUCGGUGGACUAAAGGCGUCGUUGUAUUUCGAGGACGGAAUGCAGAAACUUUUCUCAGAUCCAUCAGAUACUUUCGAUUCUCCAUCGCUGUUGAACGGGGAUAAGAAUAACGAGAACAUCCUGGAUAUAGAAUUGUAUAAGCUGUUCCUCAAAACAUAA